UGGAGAGAUCAAGAGCGUCGAGGGUUGGUAUUCCUUUCCUUCCAGUUUCUCAGUUGCACGAUCCCGUGUGAGCUCUCACAGCAGCUUUCGUGGAGCUCGUCGAGGGCGGGGCAGCUCUCAGGCCCAGGCCCAAAUACCCCGCACUGAUCGUCGCGAGCUCCAUCACGCCACAUGGACCCAGUAGCUUCGUCUUCAUGCCCUGUCGCACAUCAUCCUUCUCUUGCACCAGUUGGGUAGCUACCUUAUCGAUGGAACCGCACAGCUAACUCCCUUUUAAUAGCUUCAAUCCCAGAGCCCCAGCGCGAGGCAUGGUCCAAGGCUCAAAUCAGCCCUUUCAAGAGCAAGGAGGAGUUCGAAAAGGAGGUUGUCCGCCAUGUCGAGACCACCCUGGCCCGCAGCAUGUUCAACUGCGAUGAGACGGCCGCUUACUCGGCCGCCAGCUUGGCCUUCCGUGACCGUCUGGUCAAGGAAUGGAACAAGACUCAGCAGCGCCAGACCACCGUCGACGGGAAGCGUAUCUACUACUUUUCUCUCGAGUUCCUCAUGGGUCGCGCCCUCGACAACGCCAUGUUGAACGUGGGCCUGAAGGACGUCGCCAAGGCUGGCCUUGACGACCUCGGUUUCCGCAUCGAGGACGUUAUUGAGCAGGAGCACGAUGCUGCACUCGGAAACGGCGGUCUUGGCCGAUUGGCUGCCUGUUUCCUUGACAGUCUGGCUUCCCUCAACUUCCCCGCCUGGGGCUACGGACUGAGGUACAGAUACGGUAUCUUCAAGCAGGAGAUCAUCGACGGGUACCAAGUCGAGGUCCCCGACUACUGGCUGGACUUCAACCCUUGGGAGUUCCCUCGCCACGAUGUUACCGUGGACAUCCAAUUCUUCGGUCACGUCCAGAAGUCGACAGACUCCAACGGGAAGACCGUCGCUAGCUGGGAGGGCGGCGAGACCGUUACCGCCGUGGCAUACGACGUGCCGAUUCCCGGAUAUGCGACAACCUCUACCAACAACCUGCGUCUGUGGUCCAGCAAGGCUGCUAGCGGCGAGUUUGAUUUUCAAAAGUUCAACAGCGGCGAUUACGAAAACUCAGUCGCCGACCAGCAGCGCGCCGAGACCAUCAGUGCUGUCUUGUAUCCCAACGACAACCUCGAGCGCGGAAAGGAGCUUCGCCUGAAACAACAAUACUUCUGGUGCGCCGCGUCUCUUUACGACAUCGUCCGUCGAUUCAAGAAGUCCAGACGUCCCUGGAGGGAGUUCCCCGACCAGGUGGCCAUUCAGCUGAACGACACUCAUCCCACUCUCGCCAUUGUCGAGCUCCAGCGCAUCCUCGUGGACCUCGAGAAGCUGGACUGGGACGAGGCGUGGAACAUCGUCACCGGCACGUUCGGCUACACCAACCACACAGUUCUUCCCGAGGCUUUGGAGAAGUGGCCCGUUGGAUUGGUCCAGCACCUACUUCCCAGGCACUUGCAGAUUAUUUACGACAUCAAUCUGUUCUUCCUCCAGAGCGUCGAGAAGAUGUUCCCCAACGACCGCGACAUCCUCGGCAGGGUCUCCAUCAUCGAGGAGUCGCAACCCAAGAUGGUUCGCAUGGCGUUUUUGGCCAUCGUCGGUUCCCACAAGGUCAACGGUGUGGCUGAGCUGCAUUCCGACCUCAUCAAGACCACCAUUUUCAAGGACUUUGUCAACAUUUACGGCCCCGACAAGUUCACCAACGUCACCAACGGCAUCACCCCGAGACGUUGGCUGCACCAGGCCAACCCCCGGCUGUCGGACCUCAUCGCGUCCAAGACGGGAGGUUACGAGUUCCUCAAGGACCUGACACAGCUCAACAAGCUCGAGCUCAGUGUUGACGACAAGGCGUUCCGUAAGGAAUGGGCCGAGAUCAAGUACGCCAACAAGAUCCGCCUAGCCAAGUACAUCAAGACAACGACCGGCGUCAGCGUCAACCCCGCGGCGCUCUUCGACGUUCAGGUCAAGCGGAUUCAUGAGUACAAGCGCCAGCAGAUGAACAUCUUUGGUGUCAUCCACCGGUACCUUACCCUCAAGGCCAUGUCGCCAGAGGAUCGCAAGAAGGUGGCGCCGCGCGUCUCCAUCUUUGGCGGAAAGGCGGCGCCCGGCUACUGGAUGGCCAAGCAAAUCAUUCACUUGGUCAACAAUGUCGGGUCCGUUGUCAACAAGGACGAGGACAUUGGCGACCUGCUCAAGGUCAUCUUCCUCGAGGACUACAACGUCAGCAAGGCCGAAAUGAUCAUUCCCGCUUCCGACCUGAGCGAGCACAUCUCCACCGCCGGUACUGAGGCUUCGGGUACCAGUAACAUGAAGUUUGUGCUCAACGGCGGCCUGAUUAUUGGCACGUGCGACGGCGCCAACAUCGAGAUCACUCGCGAGAUUGGCGAGAACAACAUCUUCCUCUUUGGCAACCUUGCCGAGGACGUUGAGGAUCUCCGUCAUGCCCACACCUACGGAACCCACUCCAUCGACGAGAAUCUUUGCAAGGUCUUCUCUGCGAUUGAGAGCGGUACGUUUGGCUCCGUGUCGGACUUCCAGGCGCUCAUCUCGGCCGUCCGUGACCAUGGCGACUACUACCUCGUCUCGGACGACUUCAACAGCUACAUUGAGACUCACAACCUUGUGGACGAGGCGUACAAGAACCAGGAAGAGUGGAUCACCAAGUCCAUCACCAGCGUGGCUCGCAUGGGAUUCUUCAGCAGUGACCGCUGCAUCAACGAGUAUGCCGAGGAGAUCUGGAACGUCGAGCCUCUCAAGGUGGAGGACUAGACUAGACUAGACCCGGGCGCUACGGAGACGAGAGGGGACAGACGGCUCAAAACGGCCUAGACAUCGACUGGCUGGCUAGGCGCGAACGGAACCGAGUCCUUACCUACCUACUGCACUUUAACACCUAGGACGGGCGCUGGACAAACGAACAGUGCUGGAUAAUAUUUUUCUUUGUAUACGCUAUGCGAGUAAUCCAAGACCGAGAUCCUACACA